UCUCCCCCAGACAGGCCUCAUGGUGGCAUGCUCCCGCAGCUUCGGGAGCGUCGUGGCCCUGCUCAGCCGCUGUCCGUUCCUGGACGUGAACCAUCAGGACAAAGAAGGCGACACGGCCCUCAUGCUGGCCGCUCAGGCAGGCCACGCGCCCCUGGUGAGCCUCCUGCUCGGCUACUACGCGGGCCUGGACCUGGAGCGCCGGGACCAGCGGGGGCUGACGGCGCUGAUGAAGGCCGCGCUGCGGGACCGCGCGGACUGCGUGGCUGCCCUCCUCAUGGCAGGUGCGUGGCCUGCGCGGACGGGAUCCGGGGCCUCCUGCCCCUCCCCAGGCACCCUGCAGACACCGAGAUUAACGGGGUUCGGUGAUGCAAAGAAGGACCAGCAGGACCCUUCCCUCCCACUCCCCCCCUCCCGCCACCUGCACACCACCCCUCUGGGCAUGUGCCCUUCUGCACAUCACCCAUCCCCGUCCCAGCCCACACCACUCCGUGCCCUCCCAGGUGCUGACCUGACAGCCGUGGACCCUGUGCGGGGCAGGACAGCCCUGGAGUGGGCGCUGCUGACCGGCAGCUUCGACACGGUGCGCAGGAUCCGGCGGCUGCGGCAGCGGCCCCGGGCGGAGCAGCUCAGCCGGCAUUACCGGCCAGAGUGGCCGGCCCUGCCCCUGCUCGUGGCCCAGGCCCAGGCCCAGGGCGCCCCCUCUCUCCUGGAGAGGCUUCGGGCCACCUGGAGCCUCCCCUUCGCCCAGUCUCCGCAGGAGGGGGGUGUCCUGGACCACCUUGUGACCCUCACGACCAGCCUGGCAAGUCCCUUCCUCACCACCGCCUGCCACCCUCUGUGCCCGGACCGCCCGCCUGCACUGGGAACCCUAAGCAAGUCUGUGCCAGAGCUGCUGGGCACGGCUCCUCCCCCGCCCCCAGGCCCCCAGCCUCCACAGGUGGUCCCUGGCCCCCGGGUCCUCAUCCCUGACCAGAGGCCUCCCGGUGUGCUGAGUGUGUGCCCUCAGUGGCUACAGCCCAGGGCCGGUCCCAGCCCCAGGCCCCAAGUCCCCAAGAUCCUCCUCUCCAAGGUGCCCUCACCGCCCAGCCAGCGUGAGCCGGAGCCCAGGCCUGCAGGGCAUCGCAGCCUGGCCCUUCCGGUCUGGCGGUACCGGGAGCUCAGGGUGCAGAGGAGGAUGCAGGAGAAGGAGGCACAGAGCCAGGGGAAAAAGAGCUAGGCCGGACGGGGGCAGGGAAUCAGCCCCUCCCAGGGGCUCCCUGCUCUGUAGAGCCCCUUCUGCCUGCCAUCCGAUGACGAGGUCCUUCACACAACACUGUGCAGCAAUAAGAGUGGAGUCAGCCUACGUGUCUACAGGGGACAGGCUAAAGGAUGUGGGUGUCAUUACUGUACCCCCAUACGAUGUGUCCUGUGCAGUCAUAAACAGGAGCAAGGCAGCUCUUCAUGCUCGAUAGGAAACGGUCUUCCAGAUGUUUGGGUGAGAAAUAGCCAAGGGGUAGAACAGUGCCUAUGGCAUGCUGCUGUUUGUCAAGCCUGCAUGGAGCUACACGUGACUAGUAUAAGCAUAAAGUGAGUACCAAGAUUUAUUUAACUAGUUAAUGAUACAAAAAAGUUAAUUCUCGCCUUGCAAUAAAAUCAUAACUGUUUUUUUCCUCAACCAGAUGAAAAUGAUUUGCUAUUUUUCAAUCUUUUACAGGUUUACCCUCUUCACUUUACAGAGCCUGGGCCCCCAUCAAUAGGAACUUGUAUGUCAAACCAAGAGACUUCCCCUAGAUGACCCAUAGGUGGGGUUAUUAGCCAAUGGUCUAACAUAUCUCUGAAGGGGCAUUGGGUACGUAAUUUUGUGUGUGUCUUAUUUACAAGGUUUGAAUUUUGUUUUCUUUUUUUUUUUUUUUUGGUUGUUAAUUUUUACCCGAGGAUAUUUUUUUUCCCGAUGUAUCAACUUUGCAAUCUUAUUCCAGCAUUCUUUUUUUCCACUGACUGUCAAUAAUGGUUUUUAUUUCUUCCUUUGACCCAUCCAUGGUUCACUCAUUAACUAGUUAAAUAAAAUAUGGUACUCACUCUAUGUUUUCAGGAAGGGAGGAAGAAGGGAGAGAGGGAGAAACAUCGCUGUGAGAGACACAUGGUUUGGUUGCCUCCCACACGAACGCUGACCUGCGUACAUGCAAACCAGGACCUGCCUCUGACCCGGAAUCAAACCCGAGACCCUUCGGUGCAUGAGCCAACGUUCUAAUCACUGAGAAACA